AUGUAUGCUUGGUUACUAUCUCAAAAAUCUCUAUAUCAGUCUGAUUUGGAGAAGAGAAUUAUUGAAGCUUUUGAAGUAUUUGAUCAUGCUGGGAACAAAUCAAUUGAUGUUCGUGAAGUCUGUACUAUUGUCCGUUCCUUAGGAUGUUGUCCAACUGAAGCAGAAAUACAAGAAAUUCUUGUUGCAGUUGAAGAUCAAGAAACAUCAGGAAGUGUUCAGCUUGACAAAUUUUUACCAGUAAUGAAACAGAUAAUCCAGGAAAACAGAUUGCAACCAGCUUCACCUGAAGAACUCUUAAAGGCAUUCCUGACACUGGAUCCAGAGAACAAGGGGUAUCUCACCAAAGAUUUUCUGAGUAAAGCAAUGAUGGAAGAAGGUGAACCAUUCACUCAGGAAGAAUUGGAUGAAAUGAUGGCUAUUGCUAUUGAUGGUGAAACAGGGAACAUCCCUUAUGAAUACUACAUUAAUCAGUUGAUGGUGGAGUGAACAGUAUUGUUUUGUUCAGAGAUAAUUAAAUAAGAGAAUUUAUAUCCAUUUACUACCCAACUCAUCUCUGGAACAUGGAGCAAAAAAGUAAACUUCUUU